AUGCAAAGCGUACUUGCAUUCGUGCUUUUAGAGAGACUUUGUUUCUACACAAUUAAAAGCAACAUGUUUUUGUACAGCAGUAGCUAUCUGAAGUACACCAGCACAGACAGCACCAUAUGCAUGCACGUCUUUAUGUUUCUAUCGUAUUUCUGCUGUGUAUUCAGUGGGCACAUUUCUGUAUAUGCGGGGGAGUGUGCAAGCAUAUUUUUGUCCCUGGUUUUGUACGUUAUGGGCGUGCUGUGCAUGUGCGCUUCUGCUCUCAUUGGGAAGAGUGCGUUUUUCCUGGGGGGAGUCCUUAUGGUCUCGCUCGGGGCAGGCGGGAUCAAGCCAAAUGUUUCCUCGUUUGGAGCAAGGGUGUCAGAACCUGAAAAUGCACCUAAAAUGUCCAUAUCGGGCAAUGAUGCAAAGAACGAAAAAAACAUUUCUCAACGCGGAAAGCCCACAGAACCCGACAAAAACGGGCACUCCCCCGAGAACAUCCCCUUUUUCUCGUGGUACUGCCUCACCGUAAAUGCAGGGAGCUUUCUUGCGAUGUUUAUAACCCCGGGCUCUGCGUGGUCUUUGCUUGCGUCAGGCACCGGCAUAGACAGGCACGUUUUGCGCGCAGAAAACAUUUCCGAGCACUUUUUCGUGUUUACGCUCGCCCUUUUCCUUGUGUGCAUGUCCGCAGUUGUUUUUUUGCUUGUCUCUCUGCAGUACGCCCUGCGGAGGCUCUGGAACGCCCAUCUGAAAAGGAAAAAAACACCAACUAUUUCCAUAUCGGGCAAUGAUUUUAUUCCAGAAAACCCUGAAAAUUCCUCUGGCCUCCCCACAUCCGAAAACAAGCCUGAAUCCCCCACAGCGUUUUCGCUUUCCCCAAACAUCCCCAUGGUCGUGGCAUGGUCCGUGUACGACCAAAUGAGCUCCACCUGGACAGAGCAGGGAAAAAGAAUGAACUGCACGAUCCAAAUGUGCGGGAUUUCCGCCCAAAUUGUCCCCUCGCAAAUGCCCAUAUUCAACGCAAUAGUCCUAAUUCUUGCAAUUCCAGGGCACAAUUCGCGCAUCAACCGAAUAACCCGAGCCCUAAAGAUCCCGAACACGCACAAGCAUAGAGUCGCAUACGGGAUUGCAUGCAUAGCCGUAUCCCACACCAUCUUCUGUGCCCUUAACGAACUCGUAAAAAAACAGAAAGUCUCGAUUCUUUUUCAGGUGCCGCAAAUUCUCGUUUUAACUGCCGGGGAGCUUCUCGUGAGUGUUUCCGGAAUGAGUCUUUCCUACAGAAGCACUCCCAGGAAAAGCGUUGCAAUGGGAAAUUGGUUCCUAAACGUGGCCUCUGGGAAUCUUCUCGUUGUUCUUGUUUCUGCUCUGUGCAGGCACUUCCGUCUCCCUGAGUCCGUCCGCUCCAUCACGUACUUAGUGCUUAUAUACGGAGUGCUUAUAUACUCGCUGCGGCAUAAAGCACUGAGCAGUUCUAAAUAA